AUGGGUUCUUUCUACAAGAUUUUGGGUCUCAAGGUUCCAUCCUGGGUUUUAUCUGCCGCUACCAUCUCUGGUGCCGUUGGUGCUGGUGUUUACUCUAGUGCUGGCAAAUCUGAUGCUGCUGCCGCUCCAGCUGAUGCUGCCCCAGCUACCAAGUCCGAAGAACUUGAUGUCGAAAAACUUUUGAACGACUUCUUGAAGGACGGCGAAGGUAACAAGACUGCUUAA